AUGAACCGCCAGGAUAUUUAUACCCAAGUUGGCGAGCGAUACGGCAGCGCAGCGAAAAGUUCCAAUGCAACAUACAGCACCCAUAUCGCGAGAGCCUUUGGCUAUUCGAAUGAGGACCUCGAAUCCGUCCCCAAGGAUGCUAACUUGGGACUGAGCUGCGGCACGCCUUUGGCGAUUGCUUCCCUGAAGGAAGGCGAGACAGUUAUUGACCUGGGAAGCGGUGCUGGGUUGGAUGUUUUUCUCUCCGCCAACAUGAUCGGUCUGACCGGCAAGGCUAUUGGUGACAUGCUCGCCAAAGCAAGGAAACUCAAGGCAGACCGUAACAUGGCAAACGUCAAAUUCAUCAAGUCUCGCAUCACCGACAUAGCCUUGCAGGAUGGCAUUGCCGAUUGCAUCAUCUCUAACUGUGUCAUCAAUCUGGUACCUCAUGAUGACAAGCAACAAGUCUUCAACGAGAUGUAUCGUCUGCUCAAGCUAGGAGGCCGAGUCGCCAUAUCCGAUAUCCUGGCGAAGAAGCCACUUUCCGAUGAUAUUAGAAACAACAUGGCACUUUACGUAGGAUGCAUCGCUGGAGCGAGCCAAGUCUCGGAGUAUGAAGAGUACCUGAGGCGUGCAGGCUUCACUGAUAUUCUCAUCACUGAUACGAAAAGUGACCUGAAUGUAUACAUUGAUAAUUCAGCUGGGGGUUGUUGCUCGGCCGUAGGAAAUAUGGCAGCUGAUCUCAAGGGACAAGAUCUCAACGAAUGGGCGGCUGACAUCAGAGUCUUAGGGUCUUUCAAGAUAUAUGCUGUGAAGUAG